AUAGAUCACAAAGCUCAAAGGAAGCUCACAAUGUUAUCGCCUAACGAUAAAUCACAUAGAGCACUAAACGACAAGGAGAAAAAGGAUUAUAACGUAACAUUUGAUCUGGCAAACGUAAAUGCCAUGAUUGGAUACAUAGGCAUGCGCAUGUGCUGA